AUGUCGUUUCUGUCCAGAGUGCGGUCCCCCAAGCUCACCUUCUUCCAGACACUGGUGUCUCUGGUCCUGGGGGCAAUGGCCCUUUUGUCCUCCUACUGGUGUGAGGGCAGUCAGAAAGUCCCCAAGCCCCUCUGCUCGGCCAACAAACUGACCAAAUGCAUCCCUGUGCCCGGGGUCUCGCAUAACUCCACCUCCAUCCAGUUCUCCUGGGAGACGGGGGACGACCGCUUCGCCUUCCCUGCCUUCCAUGCAGGCAUGUGGAUGAGCUGUGAGGAGAACAUCUACACCGACGCCUGGGGAAUGUUGUGGUUGUCAGUGUCGAUGGAGCUCAUGUAUGUUGGGCUGCUGUGUAUCAGCUGUGUGCUGCUGUCUCUGCAGUUGUGUCUGGAUGCCUUUUGGCCCUCACAGCGCUGGGGACAGCUCCUCAAUGCCUACUCCGCAGUCUUCACUAUAUUAGGAGGGUUACUGGGAAUGGUGGCUCACAUGAUGUUCAUGCAGGUGUUUCAGACUACUGCCUCUAUGGGUCCAGAGGACUUCAAACCACACAGCUACAGCUACUCCUGGGCCUUUUAUGUGGCAUGGCUGGCCUUUACCUGCUGCAUGUUGUCAGGAGUCUCCACCCUCAACAACUACACCAAGAAGGCUGUAAUGGAGCGGAGGCGUAAAGCCCGCCUGUACCCCCCUCGAUUCCCUGACAUAAAGCCCCUGCUACCCCCGGCCUCCUGCUACUGCCCUCUGCCACCACACCCCUGCAUGUCCCCACCAUCCCCAGAACUCUCACCCCUGUCGCCCUACUAUGACCCCCCUUCGCCACCCCCACCCUCAUCAACCCAUCCACUCACCCACUCCCUAUCCCUCCCCUACCCUGAAUACUUACCACCUCCCCCGUCCCACCCUGCUCCCCUGUCCCCCUAUCACCGCCACUCCCUCCCCUCUAUCUCUCUGCCCCUCUCCGUCCACAGUUACACACCCCAGUACUACUCAGAGGACAGGGGCAGAGAUAUGGAGGAAGAGGGGAGGGAGUACUCAGAUGAGGAGUACAGCCCACUUUGA